AUGGCCGUAGAGCACUUGCAGACGCAGCUCGGCCGUGACGCGUCGAGUGCGUCGCCGGGCGUCACUGUGGACCGCCUCCAGCUCGUCGCCCAAACGUUCAACCUUCUGCAUGGGCUUGGCGUCGAGGCGGCGCUGCCAGCGCUCGCGACCACGGCCAUCGAGUCCCUCGCGCGCAUCCCGGCGACGUACUUGAGCGAUGUCGUGGCGAAUGUGCUCUUGCCGUGGCAUGCAAAGGUCGUGGCGGUCGAGCUGCCGUCGGCGCGCCACUUGUUGCAGCCGCUCUUGGCGCGGGCCGCCCCAUGUGCUGCGGCGAUGGCGGCUGCCGACGCGGUCCCGCGCGUCUGGCCCGUGCUACACGAGACGCUGGACGUCGACUGCGCCCCGGAUCUCGGGUUCUUCCACUGCGAUGCUGUCCGGGCCAACGGCCUCUUGCGGGCGACGCUGUCCAUCGUCGCCGCCUAG